GCCUCUGGGUGGAGGAGAAAAGUGGCCGUCUCAUGAAUUAUGCAGGACUGAGUGUCGGGGCCUGGCUGGGGCAGGGCGGGGAUUGGCUGGAGGGGCUGUAAUUCAGAGGUUUCCGGAGCUGCGGCGUAGACAGGGAGGGAGAGUCUGGGGUUCCGUCGUCGCAGCGGAGGGAGUGAGCCCGAACCGGAUCCUUGACGAGCAGCUCCGCUCCGCUCUCCGUCCCCCGUCCGCUGGCAGAGACCUUGCGGCCUGAGGGAGCCCGCGGCCCGCACCCCGGCGCAAGCGCACCCUGUCCUGCCGGGCCUCAGCCCGAGAAACAGGUGGGACCUCUGAUCGCAGCAGGAUGGCCCAAUGGAAUCAGCUACAGCAACUCGACACACGGUACCUGGAGCAGCUUCAUCAGCUGUACAGUGACAGCUUCCCCAUGGAGCUGCGGCAGUUUCUGGCCCCUUGGAUUGAGAGUCAAGACUGGGCGUACGCGGCCAGCAAAGAGUCACACGCCACUCUGGUGUUUCAUAAUCUCCUCGGUGAGAUUGACCAGCAGUACAGCCGCUUCCUGCAAGAAUCGAAUGUUCUCUAUCAGCACAAUCUGCGGAGAAUCAAGCAGUUCCUCCAGAGCAGGUAUCUGGAGAAGCCGAUGGAGAUUGCCCGAAUCGUGGCCCGGUGCCUGUGGGAAGAGUCCCGCCUCCUGCAGACGGCAGCCACCGCAGCCCAGCAAGGGGGCCAGGCCAACCACCCGACGGCCGCCGUGGUGACGGAGAAGCAGCAAAUGCUGGAGCAGCACCUGCAGGACGUCCGGAAGCGAGUGCAGGACCUGGAACAGAAAAUGAAAGUGGUCGAGAACCUCCAGGAUGACUUUGAUUUCAACUACAAAACCCUCAAGAGUCAAGGAGACAUGCAGGAUCUGAACGGGAACAACCAGUCAGUGACCCGGCAGAAGAUGCAGCAGCUGGAACAGAUGCUGACUGCGCUGGACCAGAUGCGGCGGAGCAUCGUGAGUGAGUUGGCGGGGCUCCUGUCGGCCAUGGAGUACGUGCAGAAAACUCUCACGGACGAGGAGCUGGCCGACUGGAAGAGGCGGCAGCAGAUCGCUUGCAUCGGAGGCCCUCCCAACAUCUGCCUAGAUCGGCUGGAGAACUGGAUAACCUCGUUAGCAGAAUCCCAACUUCAGACCCGCCAACAAAUUAAGAAGCUGGAGGAGCUGCAGCAGAAAGUGUCCUACAAAGGGGACCCUAUUGUGCAGCACCGGCCGAUGCUGGAGGAGAGAAUCGUGGAGCUCUUCAGAAACUUAAUGAAAAGUGCCUUUGUGGUGGAGCGGCAGCCCUGCAUGCCCAUGCACCCCGACCGGCCGCUCGUCAUCAAGACCGGUGUCCAGUUCACUACUAAAGUCAGAUUGCUGGUCAAAUUCCCUGAGUUAAAUUAUCAGCUUAAAAUUAAAGUGUGCAUUGACAAAGACUCGGGGGACGUAGCCGCUCUCAGAGGGUCCCGGAAAUUUAACAUUCUGGGCACGAACACGAAAGUCAUGAACAUGGAAGAAUCCAACAACGGCAGCCUCUCUGCAGAGUUCAAACACUUGACCCUGAGAGAGCAAAGAUGCGGCAACGGGGGCCGAGCCAACUGUGACGCCUCCCUGAUUGUGACCGAGGAGCUGCACCUGAUCACCUUUGAGACCGAGGUGUAUCACCAAGGCCUCAAGAUAGACCUAGAGACCCACUCCUUGCCCGUGGUGGUGAUUUCCAACAUCUGCCAGAUGCCGAAUGCCUGGGCGUCCAUCCUGUGGUACAACAUGCUGACCAACAACCCCAAGAACGUGAACUUCUUCACGAAGCCCCCCAUCGGGACCUGGGACCAGGUGGCCGAGGUGCUGAGCUGGCAGUUCUCCUCCACCACGAAGCGUGGGCUGAGCAUCGAGCAGUUGACCACGCUGGCAGAGAAGCUCCUAGGACCUGGCGUGAACUAUUCAGGGUGUCAGAUCACGUGGGCUAAAUUUUGCAAAGAAAACAUGGCUGGCAAAGGCUUCUCCUUCUGGGUCUGGCUGGACAAUAUCAUCGAUCUUGUGAAAAAGUACAUUCUGGCCCUUUGGAACGAAGGGUACAUAAUGGGCUUUAUCAGCAAGGAGCGGGAGAGGGCCAUCUUGAGCACCAAGCCCCCAGGCACCUUCCUGCUAAGAUUCAGUGAGAGCAGCAAAGAAGGAGGCGUCACCUUCACUUGGGUAGAGAAGGACAUCAGCGGUAAGACCCAGAUCCAGUCGGUGGAGCCGUACACCAAGCAGCAGCUGAACAACAUGUCCUUCGCGGAAAUCAUCAUGGGCUACAAGAUCAUGGAUGCCACCAACAUCCUGGUGUCCCCCCUGGUCUACCUCUACCCCGACAUUCCCAAGGAGGAGGCAUUCGGGAAGUACUGCCGGCCAGAGAGCCAGGAGCACCCCGAGGCUGACACAGGUGCCGCCCCCUACCUGAAGACCAAGUUUAUCUGCGUGACACCAACGACCUGCAGCAAUACCAUUGACCUGCCGAUGUCCCCCCGCACUUUAGAUUCAUUGAUGCAGUUUGGAAAUAAUGGUGAAGGUGCUGAGCCCUCAUCGGGAGGGCAGUUCGAGUCCCUCACGUUUGACAUGGAGCUGACCUCAGAGUGCGCCACCUCCCCCAUGUGAGGCGCCGAGGGAGGACCGGAGCUGCCGAGAGAGACACACACGACGGAGGCGCCUGCCCGCGUCCCACCCCCACACAGCCACCCCCCAGAGCGUCUGAACCCCCAGCGCUGUGGUUCCAGAUUCGGCUGAAUCUCCUCCUCCUGCUGCCUUUGAACAAUCCGGGCACUUUUUUCAAAUAGAGCAAUGAAUGAAUGUGGGUGAUACGCUUUUAUCUAAAUGCAAAUAAGAACGCGCUGUCUGAGACUGUGAUCAGGGGAUGUGGAAGGGGCGGCAGGAGGGAGAAAGAGGAAAUGCCUUUUUUUUCUUUGCUCCCCUGCCCUCCUUUCUCAGCAGCUCGCUAGACAAGUGCCUCUGUGCGCGGCGCCCCUCCGCCCGGCUCCGAAAGCUCGUGCCACAGGCUGCCUCUAGCUGCGAACCCUGGCAUUGCACUUUUAACCUUGCUAAUGUCCCAAUAAAAGAGAGGACUUGCGAAGCCCCUAGGUUUCUUUCUAAAUUAAAAAAAAAUAAUAAUAAUUAAAGGGCAAAAAACACUGCAUCAGCAUAGCCUUUUCUGUAUUUAAGAAAACUCAGUUGAUAGCCUCCUUGGUGCUUUGGGCACUCGGCUCUCUCCGGGCUGAGACUUGAUGUGUAGACCCCGCACUGGGCUUCAGAUCCAGCCCCGGAAGGCCGUCUGCAGCUGUGGCCCGGCCUUCGGGUUUGGAUAGGAAGGUUGAAGGAGAACCCAGACAUUCUAGGGGUUUUUU